AUGAUCAUUCAUACUACUAUUACUACUACUACUACUACUACUACUACUACUACUACUACUACUACUACUACUACUACUACUACUACUACUACUACUACUACUACUACUACUACUACUACUACUACUACUACUACUACUACUACUACUACUACUACUACUACUACUACUACUACUACUACUACUACUACUACUACUACUACUACUACUACUACUACUACUACUACUACUACUACUACUACUACUACUACUACUACUACUACUACUACUACUACUACUACUACUACUACUACUACUACUACUACUACUACUACUACUACUACUACUACUACUACUACUACUACUACUACUACUACUACUACUACUACUACUACUACUACUACUACUACUACUACUACUACUACUACUACUACUACUACUACUACUACUACUACUACUACUACUACUACUACUACUACUACUACUACUACUACUACUACUACUACUACUACUACUACUACUACUACUACUACUACUACUACUACUACUACUACUACUACUACUACUACUACUACUACUACUACUACUACUACUACUACUACUACUACUACUACUACUACUACUACUACUACUACUACUACUACUACUACUACUACUACUACUACUACUACUACUACUACUACUACUACUACUACUACUACUACUACUACUACUACUACUACAAGUUGGCAUUUGGUGCUGAUUACUUGUAUGUUAUUUAAAUUUACUAAGAUUCAUGGUAAUAAUAAUAAUAAUAAUAAUAAUAAUAAUAAUAAUAAUAAUAAUAAUAAUAAUAAUACUCGUCUUUUUAUAUUCUCUAUUACAGUACUUUAUCAAUUCGCCUUGGAUAAUCGAAUAGUUUGGACAGUUGGACAAAAUUGUUAUUUUCCAAGUUUUGUACAUCAUUCACAUGAAUCAAUUUGGAUGACAGAUUAUGGUUUAAAUAGUUUACACCAACAAUCUCAAAAUAGUAAUGACAACAACAAUAAUAAUGUUAAGAAAACAUCAUUAUUCUAUUCACUUCAGUUACCGGAAGAAUUGUACAAUUAUAAAUUUAAUUUUUUAAAUUUACAAUAUGGUUGGUUACAAAUGUUAUUUACAAGAGAUUCACAUCAUGCAUGGUUAUUCUUAUCAUGUCAUCAUAUUCUUUAUACAAAACAUCAGAUUUUUUUUACAUCAUUAAAAGAUUACUUAACGACUAUUUGCAGUGUAGAUGACCAAACUACUUACAAAAGUAAUAGUAGUAAUAAUACACAUUGGUUUAGUGCUACAAACAGUAGAAGUAUGGAUUAUACAAAAUUAAUGUAUAAUAAUAAUAAUAAUAAUAAUAAUAAUAAUAAUAAUAAUAAUAAUAAUAAUAAUAAUAAUAAUAAUAAUAAUAAUAAUGAGAAUAGUAAUCCUACAAGCAGUUUACAAGCAUCAUUAGGUUAUGUGAAACUGUCAUGUUCUUGGCAAUCCGGUAAAAAUAUUUAUUUAGUACAAUUUACACAUCCUAAAGGAAAAUCCAUUUAUCAGUGUGUUAAAUUUGAACUUAUCAAUGAAAUAGAUUCAGUAUCAGUGUUUAAUCUAUUUUUAAGUGAAUAUACCUCACCUACAGCGGAUUUAACAUUGUGUCAUCCUACAGCGUUUAAAUAUGAUUCAUCAAAAUGGAUUGCCAGUCUAUCUCCAAAUACAGAACUUAGCAAAACAUUAUGCCCAAUAUCAGGUGGAUUUCAAAUAAGUCAAAUACUAGAUUUAAAAAAUAAUGAAGUCCUAUGUGAACCUCAUGUUUAUUCGACUUUGGAAAGUGAGUGCAUGUCAGGUGAAGGUAUCUUAUGGACAUUUUUACAACCUCAAUGUAAUCCAUUUAUACAAAACUAUAAGACUCAAUUUCAAUGUCAUUCAACAUGGAAACUGAAUAAUUUGAAUUAUAUUCUCAUCUAUCAACAAAUAAAUCAGUAUACUUAUGAAUUUUAUCAACUGGUUUAUUUACAAUUACCACAGGAAUUAUCAAUAGAAUCAAAAACUUAUGGAAAAUUUUCACCAAUAUGGAUUAUUUAUGGUUUACAAUUAAAUAAAAUAAUUGAACAAAUAAUAAUUAAUCGUAUUUAUACAUGGAAUUCUAUUGAACGUUAUAGUUCUAAAUCAAAAAAUAUUGUAUUAUAUAAUACAAGUAUAAACCUAUAUGAAGUACAAAUUCGACGAGCAUUUGGAAAUUGUGAUGAUGAACGUGUCAGUUGUACUCAUGGUUGCGAACAUAAUGCAAGAAAUCAAUUUUUUUGUCAUAGAAGUUGUCUAGUUCCAGGACAGACUUGUGGUAACAUUAUUCAUGAUUCGUGUAAAUUUCAUCCAAAUUAUUAUGGUACAUGGGAUUUAAUUGAACCGAGUUCAAUUCAAGAAUCAGUGGGAUAUGAACAUCCAAGUAGUCGUUUAAUGGCUCAGUUUUUCAUUAAAAAUGACAAAUUAAUUAUAUCUUCAGUAACUGGUAUAUCGUAUACUAUGGAUUUGUAUUGUGUUAAGGAGAUACAAGAAUCCUUAUAUGAUCGUUAUAUUCUACGAAGUGAUUAUCAAACAAACGGAUGUUAUUCCAGAGAUUUAUGUUUAGAAAUCUAUCGUGGUAAUAAAAAUGAUUUCGAAACAUCAUCAAAUGUCAAUGCAAUACUUUAUAGAAUGUCUGUCGGUGGUAAACAUCUUUUAACUGAUAUAUGUCAAUUCAAUAACGAUAAUCAAUUAUAUGGUCGAACAAUUUAUCCAUUAAGAGGAAAUAUAUUAAUACGAAAUACAGCGGAUAAAAAAUCUAUCACUCCUACUGGUAUUACUAAAUGUGGACUAUAUCAAAUACGUCUUACUGGUAAAUUGUUUAUUCUCAAUACUGAACCAACACAGUUUGGUAUUCAGGAAGAUCUGUUUAAUGUCACAAAUAAACAAUCGAUUAAUAAUCGUUUGGGAAAAGAUGAUCAUACAAAUAUCAUGUCUCAUAUAAAUGGAAAGUUAUUAAAUACAUAUGAAGCUAAUGAUGAUAAAAGCUAUCAAGGACCAUGUUCAAUAGAAAUCAGUGAUUUCAAUCCAAAUCUAGGUAUCUCUGGUGAAUUCGAUAAUACAUUAAGAAUUAGACAUUAUUGUGAAUCUACCAUUUAUCCUAGUAUAUUUAAAUCAGAUCAUCAAUGUAUUGCAUCGUUUAAUAUUGAUGGAAUUUCAACUAUUUCCUCAUCUUAUUUCUUACUUAUCACAUAUCUUAAAAUUACAGAUCAGUAUUAUUGUCUAAUCAUUCAAAUCAACAGAAAUAAUGAUGAUAUGAAUAAUAAUAAUGGUAAUAAUCAUAGCAAUCAGAAUUACACAAUCUUUAUGUAUCAUUCACCUCAGUGUCAAUAUGAAACUACACCAUUUGAAGCUAUUAAAUUAGAUGAAAAUAAAGCAUUUGCAAAAUUAUUACUCACUUCAACACAAAAACAAAAUGACAAUUCUACAAGUGGUAGUAGUAGUAGUAAUAGUAAUACUAUUAUAACUCCAAUAUUGAAACCAUUCAAUAAAAGUUUCUAUUUAUCAACUAAUAAAUUAACAAGACCAAUUCAACAAUACACAACAAUUCAUAAUGAUUAUCAACAACAAAAUUUGACACGUUUUAAAGCGUUACGUUUUCUAUCGAAACCAAUUAAAAAAACGCGAAGUUUCUUUAUCAUCAAUAAUCAAUCUUUAUCAAUCUAUUCAACUAUUUCUUCUUAUAAUUAUUUAUUACUAUUUUUAAUUAUAUUUAGAAUUUAUUGUUAAAUUCAAAAUCCUCAAUUUCUCAUCUUUCUCAGUGUGUACUACUAUCAAAUAUUAUCAGUAGUAUUAGUAUUAGUAGUAGUAUUGAGUAAUAAUAAAUAUGUGGUUGUACAGUAUACAUGAAAUGAUAUAAUGGAUACGAUUAGUAUCGUUGAAACUAUUCAAAUCAGCUUAAUUCAAGGAUGAAUACAUUGCGAGAGAAAAAAGUAAUAGAGCCUUACACACAAAAGAGAGAAAACGAACAAACAACCAACCAGCAAGAGAGAAAAUUUUUUUUCAGAAAUAGAUCUUUGUUGAAACCAGGAUGAUUAAGCGAGUUCAAUGGAGUUCCUUUUUCUUCUUUUUAUAAAAUUAACUUUUCUUACAGAUUUUAUGUUUGUUGCCUAGAUUGUUCUCUUUCCAUAUUAUUGGUUCUUCUGUUGUUAAGUGAUUUUUUUCUUAUUUUUAAAAUAAGAUUUUCUUUCAUGUUUUGUGUAAUUUUGAGUGAAUCAAACUUCCAUUAUGUUCAGAUAUUCAUUGUAAGUAAUUAAAACAAACGAGUGUAUAUAUUGUAUAACAACUGUUUAUAGUGGUAUAUUUGGUCUAGUCAUCAGGG